AUGAAGUUAUUGUCACUAAUAAUAAUUGCAGCUUGUCAACCAUCUUUAUUCAUCAGUGCAAGUCCAGUUCCAUUUAAGAAUUCAGUUGAAGUAGUGUUCACUCCACAGGAUCUAAAACAUGCUGCUGAUUAUACACUAUGGAAGAUUCCGGUUGUGAAAGAUAAUUUGAAAACAACAGUCAAGCAAAAGGUUCUUAAUAGAAUGUUAACUAAAGAAUUACAAGAAGCGAAUCCGAAUGCAGGUUUAUACCCUCCUGGCUCUCCUUAUCAAAUAAAUAAUAAUCCAAAUCCAAUGCUAAAUCAAAUGAACAGACCUCCAAUGCCCAAUCAAAUAAUCAAUCAUCCAAUGUAUACUAAUCAAAUGAAACCCAAUCCAGCCAACACGCAUGUCCAAAUGCAACUACCUAUAGCAAAACCUAUCAAGGCAAUUCAAAUUGAUACUGUAAAAGCAAACGGAAUUGUAAACUCAAUCUUAAAAGGACCUUCACCAACCGAAGAGCUAAGCUUUCAAGUUGUAGGAAUACAAAAAGAAGACGAGAAAAACAAAGAAGAAAGUGAUGAAAGUGAGGACGACGAUGAAGAAGAUGAAGAAGAUGAUGGCAAGCUUGGAUACCUGGUUCCUUCUAGGAUAAAGAAUGGGAAACAUGACUUUGGAGUUAAAUAUUACGAGGCAAACAGUCUUGCAAAGAAAGACCCUUUCUAUGAUAAAUAA